GGUGGGGGUCUUGAAAAGGCCUGGAGGGAGAAGAAGGAGAGAGGAAGAGCCAGGGAUGGAAGCAGGAGGAGCUGGUGUUGGCUAGGUGGGUUUCUCUCUUCCAUUCCCCCCCCCCCCCAAAAAAAAACCCAGGACUCUAGGUCUGCACCCACCUCUGCUUCACUCUGGCCACUGGCCCAUCACCCCCUUCAAUGCCCUUGACCCAAGUUCCUGGAAGCAAAGCAAACAACAUGCCCUACAGUGUCUGAUUGAGCAUCUCCGGGCCCACAAAUUAAAUUAAGCUCUCAGGACUGCCUGCCUUGUUACUGCUAAUGGCUCCAGCCUGCCCCCAACGGGUCCCUGUCCUGUCAAAAUUCGGGGGCCCUGGGCACCCUAUCUUGUUCCCAAACUUUAAUUGGCUCCUGGAGACCUCACACACAAUUGGAGGUGGUCACCCUCUUAUAGAGCACCCAGAAACUCGGGUUUCAGGGAGAGAGGCUUAAACUGUACGUCCCCUCUUCUGGGGAAGGCCCCUCAUAUCCUGGCUUCAGGGAAUAGUCACGUGUGGGCCCUUCAUUAGACUCUGCUAUAUAAGCGGAGGGCACAAGGUGGCCAGGAAUGCUCGGGGCAAGGAUCCAGCAAGCAGAAGCCAUGCUGACUGCAAUACUGAGCUGUGCCCUGCUGCUGGCACUGCCUGCCAUGGAGGGGGCCCAGAUGAGCUUGGCACCCCUGGAGGGCAUCAGAAGGCCUGACGAGGCCCUGUUCGCAGAGCUGUCAGACCUGGGCCUGAGGCGUGAGCUGAAGCGGACAGCUGUAGAACAGGCAGAAGAGGCUCUGCUGCAGGAGGCCAAGGACUUGGCAGAGGCGCUAGAUCCGGAAGAACGGGAGCCACGCUCCCUGCGUCGCUGCGUGCGGCUGCACGAGUCCUGUCUGGGACACCAAGUACCGUGCUGUGACCCAUGUGCCACGUGCUACUGCCGGUUCUUCAACGCCUUCUGCUACUGCCGCAAGCUGGGUACUGCCGUGAACCCCUGCAGCCGCACCUAACCGGUCAACGUCA